UACUGUUCGCACAUGGGACCUGAGCUCUUACAAGAAGCACAAGAUGUGCUUCAAACCCCGCUCCCUGCAGGGGAAGAAAGUCACGCCCACCUGUUGCACCUACAGCCGAGACGGGAAGCUGGUGGCAGCCGGCUGCCAGGACGGAACCAUCCAGAUCUGGGACAGGAACCUCAGCGUGAGUCUCUCUGUCUCACGCUCUCGCUCGCUCUCACACGCAUAAACGACCACACACACACACCCAGUACCUCACCAUUGUCUCACACUGGCGUACACACACACUGUUAGUCACACAUGAAGGACUGCGAGGAGGAGGGCAUGGGGUCAUCCUGUCCCAGGGCAUGGGGUCAGAAUUCAAAAGGUCACCAACACUAAGCAGGACCCAGCAGUAAAUAAAGCCAUAGGUGAGAAAGUGGCGUUUGUGUUUGGGAAAUAGCCUUAAUUCAAACUAUCCUGUCUGUCUGUCUUGUAUCUGGUGUGAUAUAGGAGGUCGUCUGUUUGACUGUGUGGGAUACAGAUGGAUAGGUCUCUACGUGUGUGGUGGGGAACAUGGUUGAAUAAGAAUGUGUCGAAUGUUAGUGGGACGGAUGGUUAGGUUUGAUCCUCAUUGCUGAGAUGGAGAAUGCUGGUUGUGAGGCAGACAUUUGUUGUUUUUGGUAACUGGGAGGGCGGAUAACCGUUUACCUUAGGUAUAACCACCCAAAAGAAUAUAGGGGGAGGUAUGCUGGUGUAGACUUUACAGUGAAAUGCUUGCUUUACGGACCUUUCCAACAAUGCAGAGUUUAUAAAAGAAUAAUAACAAAUUAAAUAGUGACUAACACGAGGAAUAAAAAUAAAAUACACAAGAAUGGAGCUAUAUACAGUACAGGGAGUACCAGUACCAGAUCAAUGUGCAGAGGUACGAGGUAGAUAUGUACAUGAAGGCAGGGUAAAGUGACUAGGCAUCUGGAUAGAUAAUAAUAAGAGUAAAAUAUAGAACAGAGUAGCAGCAGCAAAUGAUGAGUGUAAAAGUGUGUGUGUGUUUGUUGUGUCAGUAUGCAUGUGUGUGUUAUGUGUUUGUGUGUGUAUGUAGUGUUUGUGAAUCUGGGAGGGUUUUGUGUAGGAGUGACAGUUUAGUGUGUGUGAGCGAGUGUGUGUGUAUAUGGUGUGUAUUUAAAUUCUAGUGAGUGUGCGUAGGGUCAGUGCAAGAUGGAGUCAGUGCAGAUAGUUCGGGUACCAUUAAUUGACUAUUAAGCAGUCUGGCUAUUAAGCAGUCUUAUGGCUUGGGGGUAGAAACAGUCUCCGAGCCUGUUGGUCCUAGAGCCGAUGCUCCGGUACCGUUUGCCGGACGGUAGCAGAAUGAACAGUUUAUGGCUUGGUUGGCUAGGAGUCUUUGGCAAUUUUUCGGGCCUUCCUCUGACACUGCCUGAUAUAGAGGUCCUGGAUGGCAGGGAGCUCGGCCCCAGUGAUGUACUGGGCUGUCCGUAACAAAAUCUGGGAAAAUGGAAGGGGUCUGAAUACUUUCCGAAUGCACUGUAUAUGCAUUUUUGGCAUUGAUAAAUACGUGCUACACCUGGGGUGAAUUCCUAGAGUGAAAAUGUCAUAUUUGAGGGUUCAGCUGAUGGUGUGAACAGCUUGUGAGAGAGGAUACUGUGAAUAACUAGCUAGACGGAGGAUGCUUCCACUGAAACAGUAAAUCAACUCAUAGCUUAGUAGACUUGUUAUACUAUAUUUGGGGGGCCCUAGAGUUUCACCUAAUGUUAUUCAUGGCGAACUGAAUUUUUCGAGUGCAUGUGAACUGCACAACAACAGAAGAGUAACAUAUCCCACCUGGGGUUUGAACCACAGAAAUAGCCUGGAUGUUUUGGUCAAGAGUCCGCUAUUACACAAUACUGCUGCCUGAUUCUGACAUAACUCAGCCUUGGCUGUAGUGCUGUAUAUAACCUAGGUUCCACAGGCAACCCGUCAUCCUAACCCUAGCCCAGUGGAAAAUAGCCAGUGAUGUAAUAAGAGUCUGUCUGUGGUGGGGUGUGAUGAUUGAGUGGGCAGACGUGGAGGUUGCUGGGAGGCCUAAUCACAUCCACUCUCUUCUGUACUUUUCCACUAUUACUUAAUUAUGCAAUUAAGUAAUCAAAGUGUGCAUUCCAUCCAUCUCUCUGAUCCCGACUGCACAGUUAAUUGUGUAUUUUGGAUCCUGGGAAGCAUUCUUCACAUUUGCCUGGCUGUUCAGUUUUUCUCUGGAGAUACGUGACAAAGCAUCACAGUUAGAGCCCUAUAAAAUGUGGAGAACGCGGUCGGAAUCACAGAUCCCAGACAUUAAAAUGGAAUUCAACAAUAUUUAAACAUGUAUUUAACUUAUUAGGGAAAUCAACUAAAUGUCUUGUAAAUUAAUACAUUUGCCCAAGCUUAUCAUAAACAUGAACAGAAUGCAUCAGUGAUUUGUAUUUCCUGCAACUUUCCCCGUCUGUGUAUGUGUGGUGCACGUCUACCACUUUGUGUAGCUGUUAGCGAUGAUGCUAAUGAAAACAGUCUUCUGGGAGAUGGAAAGGCUUUCCUAAAAGCCUUCUCAAUUAAAUGUUAACUACAAAGUAGCCCAUGCUUACCUGGCAGAAGGAAAAAUACAACAGAUUUUAUAGGGCCCUACACAGUGCAUAAAAAGGACCUGCAUUCAGCACUUGGGUAUGUCUCAAUCUGUUGAGUCAAAUACCUCUCAUGGAGUAGAAUUUCCUGCCUGGCUACGGACUGAGGAAAAACAGGCCUUGUCUGCCGGCUCAGACGGUCAGUUACAUCUUCACUUCUCCUCUUCCCGUACUCUCCAAGCCCUGCCCGGCCAUCUACCAAUGAUCCUUCCUGACUAGGGGCUUUUGCGGCCGGUGGGUAACACGUCUCUGGUCAGCAUCGAGGUGGUGGGAAGAAAUGACACGCCGCAGCUUCCUGUGGAGGGAUCAGUGGAGAGAGCAGAUUUGCCAGUCUAUCGCUCACAGCCUCACUUACAGCUGUCACAGACAGACCUGACCUCCGAGAGGGGGCCGAGAGAGAGAGAAAAAGAGGGGGAGAGAGAGGAUUCGGGAACUGUCAAGAGGCCUACUGAGGCAAUCUCUUUAAGUUUGAGGAGGUGUCAGAAUGUCAGGACAUCACUCCAGUUUGAUUUCCUCCUAGUUAUGUCCAUUUCCUUAGUGUUUAUUGCCAGGUUUCACAAGUCUUGUUUUCCUACUAGAGUAGACUAUUCACAAGGUACUCUAGUAUCCAAGGCUCAAACUGGACUUUUAUUAUCUUUUGAUUUAUUAUUCCCAUGUUAGCUUUUGGACAACAUUAAUCCAAAUGUUGACCGUCAUUCAGGCUCGUCUGCCUUGCUAACAGCUAAAUCCUGUACAGUUGUAAUUGGCUGAAGGAAGGUUAGGAGAUGAGACGGAGCAUAUGGGUUUUCCCUUACACCUCCACCAGCUCCCCCCAUCCCGCCCUUCCUCUGAGGACCUUUCUGUGGACAGGGUUGAGUAGCUCUGAAUGUGUGUGAAUAGUAAUGUAUGCGACGUGACAGUUAUUUAGUGUGAGGGGAGGUCUGUGAGACAGUGACAGGCAGGCCUGAUAUCUGCAGGAACAGGUAGCAGCAGGUUUUUGUUUAGCGAUUAUAACUUCGUAUAUUCAGAAUAUAUUUUUGUAUUAUUACGAUACAUGAACCUUUGAUUUUAUCUAUAGCAGUCAUGCAUUCAGUUUCACAUUUGGUCACUAGUACUAGACAUUUUCUCACUCCGUCUGCCAGAGAGUCUGUGACGGGAGUGAUGUUAGUGAGUUUUCUGUUGCUAGAUUCCUGUCCUGCCAGCCCUAACAGAGCCCAGAGACUUAACCCCCCCCCCCCCCCCCCCCCAUGGCUAUAACAGCAGGCUCAGAGAGAUUGAGUAAAAGCUCUCUAAUUUAUUACUGCUUCUUCUCCCAGACUAAAUAUUUACCCUGCAUCCCAUAGCAGCUUACAAUAACACUGUGUGUUCCCUGGCCACCGAUGCCUGGGCUGGAGGGGCAAGUUUUCACUGGAUGCCCUCUGCCAUAUGCCCCAUGACAUGGGCUGUGUGCUUUUCCCCGUGCCACAUGCACUGCUAAAGGCUUGCAAGAGCCCUAGCCCUGGGACAAGCCCAGGACAUGUUUGUGAUUUUAAAUAGAGGAACCCAGAAAACGUUAUGACAAAAUAUAAUAAAUUAACUCUUAUCACUCUCAUUGAUUUAGACCCACUUCCCAGCUAAGAACGAGACACCGUACCAACUCACUGCUGGUGCCCUAUCACUGGUACUCCUCUUCACUCUGAAGAGGUUAGGAUCAAGUCUGUAUCACUUCUAUUACUCAUGGGCAGAAAAUGUCGACAGACAAUAUCAAUUAUCCAACCGACCUUGAUCUGGUGCUUGGACUGAAGAAGGAUUAUUGAGGAUGACAGAUCAGGCUCCUGAACCCUGACGUGGGGUUGAUUGAUCCUAUGAUGGGAGUCAAGAAGGUCUCCUAGCCUUGCUGAUGCUGUAGGGUAGGCAGUGAUUGCAUGGCUUCUUCUCCAAGCUGUUCUUACUGCAUUUGUGCCAAAAUUACCCAGUUUCAUGUCCAGGGUUGCCAGGUAAUGUGCAGUGGUACUUUAGGGUGCUGCUGGGAUGCCUUUCACACUAAGAAUGGGUGACGUACGGGUGAAAGCGGUGCACGGAGCCGCUGGCCUCAGUUCCAGAACAUUACCACAGAGACGUACGGAAUGUUAUGUCGUCAGUGUUCUCCUCCGAGCACUCCAGAGUACAAAGUACGUCCACUCGAGGGGUGGUUUCAAUCAACUUUUCCAAUUUUAUUGUCAAGUCAAGCGAUGGUCAGUGUUAGUGUAAUACAGAGACGUUACGAAACGUCUGUGCGAAGUUCUGCACACCAUAAUGAGGAGGAACAUACAGUCCUUUGUGAUAUUCAUGUUUUCAAUCCAUACUGUUCAUAUGCAUUGUGACAGCAUGAAGUAAAAUAUGGCGAUUUUUUUUAAUUUAACCUUUAUUUAACUAGGCAAGUCAGUUAAGAACAAAUUCUUAUUUACAAUGACGGCCUACCCCGUCAUUGUAAACCCCCAUCCUGUUUUUAUUCUAGUCACACACUGUAUCCCUGCCUGCGUUAAUGGACCAGAGCUGGCCAACACAUCAUUUGCAGUCACCGGCCUAAUGGGACCUCAACGCAGCAGCAAUGUGACUCUGUACAGUGUCACUGUAAACCAGUAAAUCCCGGGGUCAUAAAAGAUAGGGCCAGGGAGAUUGGCUAGGAACUGCCUGCAGAGGUCUAAAAACACCGUUUAGAGGAGAAGCCCAGGCCCUGACGGCAAGCUAGAGCAGCUACUCAGCGUGCUUUACAAGCCUUCAGGGAACCCUUUGGAGUGUGAACAAACUGCCCCAGCUGGGCCUGUCUGGCUGGCUGAAUGCAUCCUGCUUCCUACAGACACAAUACCACAAUACCAUAGCCUCGAUCACAGCUGGGACUGAUAGACUAGCAGCCAGACAAUCAGGGAACUGGGAGAUUUGCCUUGUGGCAAAGGAAUGCCACUGACAGCCUCCAAUAUGGUUCUUAACCAGUUUCUACAUCUUAAAGUGAAGAGAUUCUAUUCCCUGCAUUUUGGCUAAGGCUUUAUGACUUGGAGAAAUGUGUUGUGGGGGAGAUGGAGAGAUAAGGUAGAGGAGAUUGGCUCUCAAACACACACACACACACACACACACACACACACAGAGGGAGAGAGCGAGUAGCACUUGCUGAUUUCCAUGAAGGAUCUGAGCAGCUGUUCAGGGCUGGAGUUGGGCCACUUGAUCCUCACAACCAGCAAGAGUUCAGAGCCUGAUUGUCAGGCUGACUGUACAGAGGUCGUCACAAGGUGGCUCAGGUGUGUGUAUUAGUGUGUGAUUGUGUGUGUGUGGGGGUUGUAAUAUUGAUAUAACGUUACUCGGAUAACAUGGUCAGAAACAGUUGUGCUUGUGGUAGAUCUUUAUCAGACCCUUCCAAGGAUGAAACCUAGCCCAUCUCCUGUGGCCUAACUCUGAGCCUGGUCAUGCACCACAACACCCCUCUCCCUUGAUGAAAAUGUGUGAAAUCUCUAGUGAUGUCCCAGGGAUCAGUGUUGUAAGCUCUGAGCCCUCUAUCUGUUUUCGUCCAUGCAUGUAUUUUAAUGUGUGUUAGUGCUGGGUUGUGUUUGUGUGUAUGUGUGUGUGUGUGGUGUAUGGGACAGGGAGACAUAGAGAGGGGCCACCUAUUGCUCCAUACUGAGGAAGGGGAGAGUCCGAGAGUCAUGUUUCACAACCUGGUGCAGAGGCUUAACACAGGAAGCAAACCAACAUCAGGAAAUGAAAAUAUUAAAACCUUGAAACCUGUAAGAAUGUAUAGAGCAAAUACACAGUAUAGGAUUGGAUUAUAAUAAAUAACACAUGCAUUGUGUGAUUUAUUGGUACAAUGAUGGUUGAUACUUCUCAUGACUUGACUUGAUACUUCUCAUGAUACCUAUAAGUCAGUGUGAUUAUAGAUCACUAUUAGGAAGGUUCUUUCCCCAACCUGAGGGAGUGAAAUCAGAAUAAGUUGGUGCUCAGCAGGGUUCCCAGUUCUCAGAAGACCUUUUCCUGGUUGAAGCUGUAACUAUGUCACGAAGGCACUCUAUUUUUUAGUUUUCCUUCAUUCCUUUUCAUCUCUCAGCUACUCUCUCCUCCCCACGUCUCUGUCUCUCCCCUCCCCUUUCUCUUUCCUCUACUGAAGAGAGGGGUGCAGGAAAGGGGAUGAAUAUGUCAUGUCAACAGUAAUCAAAUCUCCCUGUAACAAAGCUUACCUCAUGUCUGUGUUUUGGGCUAGGAGAAAAACGACCCUAGUUCCCAAAGCUCAACUAGGGGUCACAUUGCUCUGUUUAGCAAAAGUAGGGACUUUAAUUUGCAAGAAUAUUUAGGAUCUCGUAAAUGAGAUAAUUUGACCCAAAAUAUGAACUUAGUUCUUGGUUUUCACAUUCAUCACAGCUUGUAAAGCGAAUGUACUUUUUGUGGUAUGCACAAUGAAUGAUUUUGUAGGUUUAAAAGAGUGCUGGGCUUCCAGAUGUUGUCUUGGUCAUUCCUCUCUGUGUGUUGAGAUGAAGGAACUAUUUGUCCCCUGUUGUUCAUUUAUCAUGAUCAACUUUUGAACAUGAAAAAACAAACAUAAAAGUGAAGCUUUUAGCAAUCAGUCUUCAAAAACCAUUUGCCCCAGAGAAUUGAGAGAGAAAGGAAAAGGACUGAAAUAGACGGAGUGAGAAAACACGUUGAGUGGAUGUGUGUGUUAUCUGAAGCUGAUGGUAUAUAGCAGCGUUAUAUCUCUUUCCCAGUUUAAUAACUUCCCUCCACUUACUAUGGAAAUGCUUAUGGCCCUGUUCCCUCUAUCAUCAAUACACCACCACCUGUUCCAUUCCUCUGUCUCUUUUCCUGGCAAUAUUUCUCUAGCUCUCUGUUAUCUUUUCCCUCUACUUUAUCCUGCCAUCCCUCCAUUUCAAAUUCCUUCUCUCGCUCUCUGACCGAAAUUCCUUUGUUGCUAUAUUUAAUUUACCAUUGAUUUAUUGGUUAUCGUUUAGAAUUGAUGAAGGUUUACAUACAUAAAUCCAGGCUGUGUAUGUUUGAGUGCUGGGAAGUCCUUUACCUCAGUGCUGAAAGCUGUCUGGUUGUGAUUUAUGUGGGUAGUCUGGUUGUACUCAGCACAGGUAAAGCUGAGUUAUGCUGGCCAGAGCUCACUGCCAACUCACAGGAAUGAAGCAGGUAUGGAGUAGAGGCAGAUCUCUUUUUAUGUCUUCAUUUCAUAGUGAAUAGAGAUAUUCACUAUGAUUUACCGUAAUUAAGCAAUAAGGCCUGAGGAGGUGUGGUAUAUGGCCAAUAUACCACGGUUACGGGCUGAUCUUAACCACGACGCAACGCAGAGUGCCUGGAUACAGCCCUUAGCCAUGGUAGAUUGACCAUAUACCACAAACCCCCGAGGUGCCUUAUUGCUAUUAUAAACUAAUAUUUUGUCAUACCCAUGGUAUACGGUCUGAUAUACCAGCAUUCAGGGCUUGAACCACCCAGUUUAUAAUAUAUAAUAUUCUAGUAUGGUUAUCUACAGUUUAAAAAACUGAAGCUGAUCAGAAUUGAACCUCCGUGUGUAUGUGCUGGGUUGAGCAGAUGUGUUCCUCCUCCGUGUUGUUUCUCAUGCACGGUCUGAGUGGCUUUGGUUUAGUGCUGUGGAGCAAAAGGUAUAACUCUCUUUGACAUUCCAUGCUGAAGGCACAUUGGGGCAAUGCCAACAGUGCAGACCUGUGGACCUUGACACACAGUGCCUCUGCCACAACAGGAGCUGAUGCAGUGGGCCACUGAGUAAGCAGUAAGCACAGAGGAACCACAUUGGAUGGGAGGCCAUCUUGGAAACACUUGUUUAGACCUUCAGGCUGUCUGCUUCAGUGUGGACAUGGUUAGGGAGCUGAGAUGAAUAUUGGUGGAUAAACUUUACUUCACAUGGCCACUUGCCAGUCAGAUUGGCUUUUAUCUAAAUAAUCUGUAGCUUAAAUGCACUACAUGUCAACACCACUUUACCAUAACUUCCCCUCAAGACUCCUAAUCCCUUUUCAAUUGAUGAUCUAUAAAAGCACUACUCUUCAAAGUGAAAUUCUGUUAUAUUGGCGUUUUUAACCUGUGAAUGAGUUCUAGCCUGCAUUAGCACUGUCAGGCAGUUUGAGAGCGCUCAAUAGAUUUGACUCUGGGCUGAAAAAUCACUUUGCUUCCAUAGUGUGAGUGGCACGUGUUGAUCAUGUCACAUGCUGUAAUGUCAACCAUGUUUUCAUUUUGGUAUUGAUAGGUCUGUGCACAUUUGUGACGCUCCUGACACAUGAUGUUUGCAGUGUUAUUGACAUUACUAUGACUGACCCCAGUCACAUGUAAAGUCUUCUAUGAACUUGUAAGCUUUCCAACCUAAAUGCCUUAAAAGUGUUAAGACGAAGUGGUGUAUCUCCUUUUAAUUGUGGUGUGGGACUUACGAGUUAUGAUAACUGUAGUGUGUUUCGGAUUUAAAUCGAGAAAAAUAAAAGACUAGUAGUCAGGCAGCUCAGCUUGCCAAGGUAAACCCCUGGAGUCUAAAAUCACACCACGUGUGUUUACCGUCUGCAAAGGUCUGAAGGUAUCAUACAGCAUGGUGGGUUUGAGGCUAUGGUGUUCUAGGAGGAAAUGGAAACCGUAUGUUGUCUUGAAGAGACGGAGCAUGAAAAGGUCUGUAUGUUACUGGAGUGGUAAGAGUUCAACAUCCGUUGGUGAAAGAAAACUUCUAGCAGAGCGUUUAGGAGUUCACCAAAGGUGAUUGACAGUCUAGGGAACAUGCGUUUGCUACUUCUGUCACUGAGACAAUGUCCUGGGAUGUUCAGUCUGAUACGAUGUCUAUGUGAAUGUUGGGUCACCUUUAUUUGUCAUACCUUUGACCUCUAUCCUCUUCACCCUCAGGUCCACACCAAGUUCCACUGUCGCCAGGCCCACGCCCCAGGAACAGACACCUCCUGUCUCGCCUUCUCCUACGACGGGACAAUACUGGCCUCUCGAGGAGGUAGGAUAUAUCAGCCUGCCUCACUACUUUCCUGAUUCCUUCUUACUACAGUACACCACCAGUAUAUCAUGGACAUCAGCAUUGCCUGACUGUGCAUUCAACAACACUACUGUAGCUCUGUGCCUGUGUGUAUAUACAUUGGAGCGAGUCCCUCUGCCCCAGCCCUGACCCAGUGCUUUCAGGGGAGAUGUAAUGUCUGAACACGCAUCUAUAAGUCUGUUGUUUCAGCGGGGAAAGAGCUCAUCUCUUCCCCAAAGUGCAAAUAAAGACAGCCAAUCUGCCACCAUCAGCGAAGCUGUGCAGCACACAUGCACCAUGAAAUAAUGACAAUACCUCUUGAAUAACUCCCACUUUCUCUGCCAGGUGAUGACACUCUAAAGACCUGGGACAUCCGUAACUUCAAGAAGCCUCUGAAUGUGGCUACAGGGCUUUCCGCCUUCUUCUCCAUGUGAGUACUCCUGUCGUUAUUCCCUUGAUUAUUCAUUGGUGAUCUGAACACCCUUUAUGGGGUUUCCGGUGAUUACUUCAAUAUAACUGGUUGGUACUACCUACAGUACAUGUGCAGGGUACAGUUCCAGAAGACAACUGAAUGACGUGAAGUUUUGUAAAGAAACGACCUUGUCUAGUAUCAGCUGGCUGAAGUAUGGUGUGUGUGACUGUGUCCCCAACAGGACAGACUGCUGUUUCAGCCCUGAUGACAAGCUGCUGGUGACGGGGACGUCGGUGAAGAAGGACGAGGGCAACGGGAAGCUGGUGUUCUUUGAUAGAGCCUCCUUCCAGAAGGUUUAUGAGAUAGAUGUCACCAACGCUGUGAGUAACAUCCUUUAACUCUGACUGCAACACUAAUAAUAACUGACCAGUAUCACUACAUCGUAUCCUAAGGUUUCAUUUCAAUGUAUUAGUUCACAGACAUUAUAAUGAAACAUGUACAUUGAUAAUCCAACAGUAAUAAUUGGUUGAAGGGGCAACAGUAAUUGAUGUACAUCGCAACAGAGGCAGUAUUGCAGACUUCGCCAGAAAGUCCCUCAAAUGUAAUUUCCUCUCAGGAUUUGGGGUUUGUCCUUGUGUUCCAUCUUAAAACUCUCCUACAUUAGUCUAAGCUCUCAUUUGGGCAAGUCUUGUCUGUUCAGAUUAAGAGGUUUAAAGUAAUUUCCCAUUUAACCCGAGCUGAAUUAUCCCCAGCAGGGAUUAGAGCUACAUUACAACCAGUACUGUAACUGUACAGGCAGGAGAGGAGGGUAAGCCUGGGGAAUACUGCAUACUGCUGAACUCUAUUAGUAAGUUCUGAUACUGUAGAAACUGCUGAAGGCCAAACCUAAUCACUCAGGCCUGGUUGGCUACUGGUUCUGUUGCCUUGUGUCAGUAGCAGUGAGGCUUUUUUGAUGGCCAAGUUCUAUUUUAACAGUCCUGCUGGUUGAAAAUGUGUAUUAUUACAGAGUUAUUAUAGAGGCCCACACAGCCCCUCCAAUCUGAUAAUAAGCCUGCCUGUGCAUUUUGUGAUCUUGUUGAUAUAAUGAGAUGUAGAUUUCAUUAUGAACAUGUCCCGGCUAGGAAAAAUUCAUGGAACAAGUGACUUAAGCUUUGUAUCACGUAAUUUAUUUCAAGCCAAAUCUGAAUUAGCCUGUAUCAUCACUACAUUUCAAUAGUGUAAGCCUUUUUUAUUUAAGCAUCUGACUUGAGUUAUGGCUGUGGGUCUAAACAUGGCCACCCGUGCUCUCUCUGAAUGAGAGCAGAAUACUGAUGUUUUCCCAACACUGUGGUUUGCCCAACCCAUCCAAGCCAAGCUAGGAGAAAAGAGCCAUGAAAGAGGGGAGAAAUAUACCCCUACUAUCUACCACUCAUCCCCGUCAAGUGUUAGCAGGAUAUGCUUUUCCAAUUGAUUCAGUAAACAUUGGAUAGAGAAUUAACUGGUAUAACUAGCAAAAUUAUUAUAGUCCAUUCACAUGCACAUGUUAAUGUGCAUGUGAAGUAAUGUACUCCACAAUCUAGCAUGUAGGCAACCUACAUGCUACUUGUUGCCAAGGCAAAGGGCAAGUAGACAUAGGUGUAAACAUUCUGGGAUGGCAGUUAUUUACACCUCUAUAACCUAACUCUUCUAGAGAUACAGCAGCUGCAGACAUUCUUCUCACCAACACUCACCAACACUCUAGCAUUAGCUGAUCAGAAUAGCUCUCUUCACCAGGGUAGAUGGAGAUUCAGAUCCGAAGGCUGCUGAGAGAGAGAGAGAGCUCUGUCUGUCGAGAAUUGAAAUCACACCGCCAGCCCCUCGUUGAAAGAAUGUUCUCUCUGUGUCAUGUCAUACAGUACAGUAUGCACAGCGCAGCUCAUUUUCAUCUGUCCCCUCUUACACCAAUCCCUUUCCAUCUCUCCUUGCCCCGGCCCUCUCCAGUGGAUUUAUCAGAGUGUAUGUGUAGUCAAAACAGUGAGGUCUGACAGAGGCUAACUCAGUAUCCCUCUGGUCCAGGCUUGACAGCCAUGUUCUCCUAUCCUAUCCUCUCCUCUCCUCUGGGGGUUACAGCGGCCGUGUUGCCCCCUGCCUGCCUCACCUGCCAGCCGGCUGCCAUCUCCUCGCCAUGUCUGUUUGACAGCCAGCCUGGCACAGCCUACAGAGAGAGAGACAACUCUAAAUGCACGGACCCAUGUAUAUUUAGUACCUUUCCCAUUCCAAAUCAGAUAAGCAGAGCUUUGAGGUGUUAAAGGUUUAUUUUUGCAGCAGAUGUAGUUAUUUCUGGGGUGACGUGCACUCAGGGGACCUGACGAAUGAGCUAUUUACUGUGUUUACACCAGCCGUCCCGCUCUGAGAUGGGUUAAGAAUUUAAGUGCUGUCUUUAUAAAGCGGUGUACCAGGCGGUCGAGUGAAAGGCAGGGCUACCAAUCAUCUCCAACUAAACAGUCUACAUAACCCCGGACCCGGGGCAUAGGCUGUGCUAGGGAGUGGAGGAGUUUUUAGCCUGGGUUAGGUAAAUACUCCAGCCACUCUUAGCUUAUCUCUGUCUAUCACAGAGGGCAUGAACCAGGUGAGAACUCACAGACUCACUCCAGCUGAGGUACUGUGGGAAAUAUCUCUGUGAAAUACUCAGUGAGAGUACUAGUGGAUGUAGCUAGCAGUCCUGGGAACCCUACGGUAGACUGCUCUGGGGAGAAAUGGGAAAGACCCACAGGGUGUAGUGUGUAUUUAUUUGUGGUGGCUGGGUGUUGUGUGUCGGUGAGGCGUUGUCCCAGCCUCACAUUCUCAUAGUGUGUGUCACAUCUGUGUGUUGAUGUCUGCACUCGGUGCACUUCACUUCUCACACUUGAUGGCUCUCAAACAGUAGCCUGCCUCUCCCUCUCCUGCUCUUUGACAGAGAGGUUCAGGCUUUCAUCUUUAGUAUGAGGAGAAAGUAGGAGGAGGGGGGUGAAAGGUGGGACAAGGGCCAUGGUGGUUCUCCUCUUUGUGUCUCAGUACGUUGCCUAUGUGGAGGUCCUUCUGAUGUCAGUUAUGGGGUGCUGAGGCAAACUCGGACACUUUCAUUAAGAUUUUCCCAUUUAAUGGCACCAAUGCUAGAUUUCUGGCAGCUGUGGCAUGGGAAAAUGGGUGGUGGUAGUUAGGCUUUGUAUGGAUGUGUCCUUAAAAUGUUGUGUAGUUUAGGCUCUAAGUCCUUUCUCCCUUCUGUGGCUGCCUGGCCACCCUUUCUAUGGCUCGCUCUCUCUCAUACACAUAUUGGAACUAACAAUACUGUAAACACACAACUCUGAAUAUCCACAUUGGAACCCUUUACUGCUGGGCGAGGCUACUGCAUAGCUCUGCUGGCUUGGGCUGGGCCAUACCUGGCUGGGCUGAGUCAGUUUGGUUGGAUCGGGCUGGACUUGUUGUGCUGGUCUUGGGUUUGCUGGUCUUGCCUGUGUUGGGCUGAGCUCUGCUAGGCUUGGUUCUACUUGGUUCUUGCCUGUGUUGGGAUGCUGCUGAGACAAGUCUCUGAGCUCUGAUUGAGCUCCACUGGAGUGGAACAGAAUUCCUCAAUGCUAUGCAUGUGAUGUGAUUGAUGUGCUCCGGUAUCUUAGCAACCGUGAUAGGGUGUUUUACACACUGCUCAUUGAUUGUCAUUGAAGCAGCUCUACAAGGGGCGUAUUGGUUCAUUACGCUACACGCACACACACACUGACACACACACACACUGACACACUUCUGUACAGAUAUGUUUGUACAGUAUGUUUACAUAUUUCACAUUUCUUAAAAGGUCAUUUAAAUAUGAAAUGAUCUAUAAUCUCCAAGCCGAUAGGAUAGAUAGUGAAGAUUACCUAAAUACCCAGUUCUGAUUGGGAGCAUUUUCUAGAUCAUUCUAAAUCAUCAAUUACUUCACCACAUGGUCAGUGGGGCAGAUUAACCCUGAUAUGUCCAGUCCACUCACUCACCGGUCACGACAGAGCUGCUGGUGGUGCCUCAGGGGUCUGCUAGGCAAGUCUUUGGGGAUCUGGGAUGUUGUGGCGAGGGGGUGGGGGUGUUUGGCUGACUGUUCAUGUAAGUGCAUGAUGUGUAAUGCCUAGGUAUUGUGGGAAUAUGUGAGUUCAUAAUAGUAUGUGUGUGUUUUGUUGCUGUGUGUUUGUGGGUCCCCUUACCAACGGGAGCCCGGUGGGAAGCUGAACAGCUGGGCGUUAAGCAGCUUUCACCCUGUCACAGACUCUCCACACAGCACACCACCCCUAGUCCUAACCGUCAUGUCCCACCCCCCACAGGGCAACCCUGAUCCACUGGGGUCUUCCCAUCCACACUAAUACUCCAUCCAUGGUCUCUGAUUGUAAUACUGCCCACUGCCCAGCAUCAUUCAUAAACCUUUUUCAUUAUUUAUUUUAGUACAAAGUGUUAUCCUUUCAUGAACUAAGAAAUCAUCAUUAUUCUUCCCUCUCUCACACACACAGUCAUGCCUAGAGGAAAUUGCACAUCAGUGUGCGUGAGUAGGGCUCUGACGGUCAUGGAAUUUUGGAUGACGUAAUUGGCCAGACAAAUGACCACGGUCUAUGUACAUUGAACAAAAAUAUAAACGCAACAUGCAACAAUUUCAAAGAUUCUACUGAGUUACAGUUCAUAUAAGGAAAUCAGUCAAUUGAAAUACAUUCCUUAGGGCCUAAUCUAUGGAUUUCACAUGACUGGGAAUACAGAUAUGCAUCUAUUGGUCACAGAUACCUUAAGAAAAAGGUAUGGGCGUGGUUCAGAAAACCUGUCAGUAUCUGGUGUGACCAUCAUUUGCCUGAAGCAGCGCAACAUCUCCUUCGCAUAGAGUUGAUCAGGCUGUUGAUUGUGCCCACUCCUCUUCAAUGGCUGUGCGAAGUUGCUGGAUAUUGGCGGGAACUGGAACACGCUGUCGUACAUGUCGAUCCAGAGCAUCCCAAAAAUGCUCAAUGGGUGACAUGUCUGGUGAGUAUGCAGGCCAUGGAAGAACUGGGACAUUUGUACCGAUCCUUUAUCAUGCUGAAACAUGAGGGGAUGGCGGUGGAUCAAUGGCAAUGACAGUGGGCCUCAGGAUCUCGUCAAGGUAUCUCUGUGCAUUCAAAUUGCCAUCGAUAAAAUGCAAUUGUGUUCAUUGUCCUUAGCUUAUGCCUUCCCAUACAAUAACCCCACAGCCACCAUGGGGCACUCUGUUCACAACGUUGGAGUCAGCAAACCGCUCGCCCACACGACGCCAUACACGCUGUCUGCCAUCUGCCCAGUACAGUUGAAACCAGGAUUCAUCCGUGAAGAGCACACUUCUCUAGCAUGCCAGUGGCCAUCGAAGGUGAGCAUUUACCCACUGAAGUCGGUUACGACGCCGAACUGCAGUCAAGUUAAGACCCUGGUGAGGACAACGAGCAUGCAGAUGAGCUUCUCUGAGACGGUUUCUGUUUGUGCAGAAAUUAUUCGGUUGUUGUGCAAACCCACAGUUUCGUCAGCUGUCCGGUUGACUUGUCUCAGACGAUCACGCAGGUGAAGAAGCCGGAUGUGGUGGUCCUGGGCUGGCGUGGUUACAUGUGGUCUGCGGUUGUGAGGCCGGUUGGACGUGCUGCCAAAUUCUCUAAAACAACGUUGGAGGUGGCUUAACAUUACAUUAUUUUGCAACAGCUCUGGUGGACAUUCCUGCAGUCAGCAUGCCAAUUGCACGCUCCCUCAAAACUUGAUACAUCUGUGGCAUUGUGUUGUGUGACAAAACUGCUCAUUUUAAAGUUGCCUUUUAUUGUCCCCAGCACAAGGUGCACCUGUGUAAUGAUUAUUACAUUUACAUUUUAGUCAUUUAGCAGAUGCUCUCAUCCAGAGCGACUUACAGUUUUAGUGAGUGCAUACAUUUUUCAUGCUGUUUAAUCAGCUUCUUGAUAUGCCACACCUGUCAGGUGGAUGGAUUGCCUUGGCAAAGGAGAAAUGCUCACUAACAGGGAUGUAAACACAUUAGUGCAGAAAGUUUGAGAGAAAUAAGCUUUUUGUGCGUAUGGAAAACUUCUGUGAUCUUUUAUUUCAGCUCAUGAAACAUGAAACACUUUACAGUGUUUUGAUUUUUUUUACUGAUAUGAAGGAUAUUUUAUUUUCAUGACGGUCUUCAUCCUCUUCCAGUCCUCCAUUUAGGCCCCUUUGUUACAAAGAGGGUCUUCGAGAGAGAGACGGAGAGAGCACAAAAAAGCUUGAGUGUGAGGAAUCUGCUCUACAUUCAGAAACAUCCAGCCACUACUGUGCUAGCUGCCACACAUCUGCUUUGCAACUCUCAGAAUUUCAACCUAUUCUUAGAAUUUCAACCUAUCAACUGAAAGUCUCUACACACAUGCACUCGUAGGUGCUUCAUCACUGCUAAACGCACACACACACUUGUGUGUACACACAAACAUCACACACACACUCUGGAUGAGCGUGGUCAUAUUUGCCCUUGGCAGCGAGCCAUCUGUCACACACAGACUGAAGGAUCCAGGCCCCGUCCUGACGACCAAAUAUAGUCAACUAAUGCAGAGACCACUCCGACAGUUAAAAACCUGCCCGCGUCCCACUCUACAACUACAAACCACUACCACAAUGUGUCCGCUCCAGCAGUCAUCACUAAGAAUGAUUUGAAUCUCAUGUUACAAUUGAAUGUUCACUAUGUCUCUGUAUAGCUCAUCUCCUGUCUCUGUUUCUCUUUGUGUCUUUUUCAGGGUGUGGUGCGGUGUCUCUGGCAUCCCAAGCUGAAUCAGAUUAUGGUGGGGACUGGAAACGGACUGGCUAAGGUCUACUACGACCCUGUCAAGAGUCACAGGUACACUGAGCUGAGAAUGCUUACCUUUAUGGUAGCUGUGGACGGAAGUUGUGUUUUUAGAUGUCCUGUACAUCAUCAGUCUUCACUGUACAAACUCCCAUCGAGAAAUGAUAGUGUUAUUAGGUCUGAAGUAGUGUUGCACGGUAUACUAAAACGUCAGUACUUUUUUCAUAUUAGAACAUGAAAAACGGUUCGGCACUAGAAUUCUCGCGUCAUAUACAGAUUGAGAGGAUCGCGUCUGUCGAGUAAUUUGUCUGAAUCUUCUCAAGGGGGCAGUAGUAAGCUAGCCAGGCUACUUGCGCUUGCGCAUGCAGCUGACACAGCGCGAGCCACUUUUGAGAAGCAAGCGAGGAGAGAAAAUGCCGACAGCAUGGCUUCUUCUAACUAAAACAUACCUCCAUGCCCGCAGCUUGUUGACAAAAAUGGCUCCUGAAGCGAACUAUGGGCAUACUUUCCUUACAGAGCAGAUGGUGAGGGCCAGCCCACCGAACCAACUAUGCAAAAGGUGUUACAAAGCAUUGCCUUGCAAGGGAGUUUUAGUUCCAAAACGACAUUUAAAAAAACUAUUUUUCACAUGACAUUUGCAUUGUUACGUUAUUCUACUAGCAACUACAGUGCCUUCAGAAAGUAUUCACACCCCUUGACUUUUUCCACAUUUUGUUGUUUUACAGCCUGAAUUUAAAUUGAUUCAAUUGAGAUUUUUGUGUCACUGGCCUACACACAAUACCCCAUAAUGUCAACGUAGAAUUAUGUUUAGAUUUUUAAAAACAAAUUUCAUAAAAAUGAAAAGCUGAAAUGUCUUGAGUCAAUAAGUAUUCAACUCCUUUCAUAUGGCAAGCCUAAAUAAGGUCAGGAGUGAAAAUGUGCUUAACAAGUCUCAUAAUAAGUUGCAUGGACUGCAAUAAUCGUGUUUAACAUGAUUUUUACCUAAUCUCUGUACCCCACUCAUACAAUAAAAAACAAAGAAGACAUUGAAUAUCCCUUUGAUUUCACCAUGAGGCCAAUGGUGACUUUAAAAGAGUUAGAGUUUAAUGGCUGUAAUAGGAGAAUACUGAGGAUGGAUCAACAAUAUUGAAGUUACUCCACAAUACUAGCCUAAUUGACAGAGUGACAAGAUAAAAGCCUGUACAGAAUAAAAAUAGUGUGUAGAUGGGUGAGAAAAAACAUCUAUUUAAUCCAUUUUGAAUUCAGGCUGUAACACAACAAAAUGUGGAAUAAAUCAAGGGGUAUGAAUACUUUCUGAAGGCACUGUAAAUUCAAAUUAUUUUUGAGUGACAAAAACAAACAUAUAUUCAGCAUGACAUUCAUGUGAGCAUUAUAAUAUGACAACCCAAAAGUAAUGUGAAAUGCACUCAUAACUUAUGACAGCAAUAUAUUUAGAGUACUUUGUUUGUCUGGGCUUGUGGGCUUGCUAGCAGUAGCCACUAGCCCACCAGCAGCCCUAGGUAGAGCAUUGCACCCUGGGAGUUGAAAUGCACUCUGGGAAUCGUAGUAUGCUGUGCAGAAUUCAUUGUAUUUCUAUGGUAUGUAGACUAUUGCAAAGGGCCUAUAGAAGCUUCAGAAAUUAGCUUCAAAGUACUGUUUAUGUCGUUUUGGCUCAAACUAUUCGUAUACGUAAUCUAGCCUGGGCUAAAGCAAGGAAAUCAUGUUCUGAUGCUGAUUGGCUUCUUUUUAGGCAGCUACGAAACAAGUGUUCUUCUCUUCUCAGGAAGGCCAAGUCUGAAUAUUUUAUGUCUGUUACCACUGAUAACUGGAAUGACCCUAGAAAGUUUUGGAAGGCGAUUAAGUCUAUGUCUGGUAACAGUAAUGUUAAUGAAUUGCCAUCAUGUGUAUUGAAGGACUCUGUUGCUGUACAGUUGAAGUCGGAAGUUUACAUACACUUAGGUUGGAGUAAUUAAAACUCGUUUUUCAACCACUCCACACAUUUAUUUUAAAAAAACUAUAGUUUUGGCAAGUCGGUUAGGACAUCUACUUUGUAUAUUACACAAGUCAUUUUUCCAACAAUUGUUUACAGACAGAUUAUUUUCACUUAUAAUUCACUGUAUCGCAAUUCAACAUUGGAAUGGCGCCGGAGAAGAUGGCUGCCGUUUUACAGCCCUCUAACCAAUUGUACUAUUAUGUGUGUUUUUCCGCGUUAUUUGUAAUUUAUUUUGUACAUAAUGUUUCUGCCAUCAACUCUUAUAACCAAAAAGAGCUUCUGGAUAUCAGGACAGCGAUUACUCACCUCGUAUUGGACGAAUAAUUUUUCUUCAAGAGGCGGCCGCGAAGGAUAUCCUACAGACACCCGACAAGGCCCAAAUCCCCGUCAUUCGCAUGAGGAAGAGACGGAGAUAUCGUGGACGUAGGUCGGGGUGCCUUGUAAGGAUCCGACGGCGAGCGAGUAAACUGCCUCUUCCAUCAAUCCUAUUAGCCAAUCUUCAAUCAUUGGAAAAUAAAUUGGAUGACCUAAGAUUACGGUUAUUCUACCAACGGGACAUUAAAAACUGUACUAUCUUAUGUUUCACCGAGUCGUGGCUGAACGACGACAUGGAUAACAUACAGCUAGCGGGCUAUAUGCUACAUCGGCAGGAUAGAACGGCUGACUCCGGUAAGACAAGGGGUGGAGGUCUGUGUAUAUUUGUAAACAACAGCUGGUGCACAAAAUCAAAUACUAAGGAAGUCUCGAGGUUCUGCUCGCCUGAGGUAGAGUAUCUUAUGAUAAGCUGUAGACCACACUAUUUACCAAGAGAGUUUUCAUCUAUAUUUUUCAUAGCUGUCUAUUUACCACCACAAACCAAUGCUGGCAUUAAGAUUGCACUGAAUGAGCUGUAUAAGGCCAUAAGUCAACAGGAAAACGCUCAUCCAGAGGCAGCGCUCCUAGUGGCCGGGGACUUUAAUGCAGGGAAACUUAAAUCCGUUCUACCUAAUUUCUACCAGCAUGUUAAAUGUGCAACCAGAGGAAAAAAAACUCUAGACCACCUUUACUCCACACACAGAGACGCAUACAAAGCUCUCCCUCGCCCUCCAUUUGGCAAAUCUGACCAUAACUCUAUCCUCCUGAUUCCUGCUUAUAAGCAAAAACUAAAGCAGGAAGCACCAGUGACUCGGUUAAUAAAAAAGUGGUCAGAUGACGCAGAUGCUAAGCUACAGGACUGUUUUUGCUAGCACAGACUGGAACAUGUUCCGGGAUUCUUCAGAUAGCAUUGAGGAGUACACCACAUCAGUCACUGGCUUCAUCAAUAAGUGCAUCGAUGAUGUCGUCCCCACAGUGACCGUAUGUACAUACCCCAACCAGAAGCCAUGGAUUACAGGAAACAUCCGCACUGAGCUAAAGGGUAGAGCUGCCGCUUUCAAGGAGCGGGACUCUAACCCGGACGCUUAUAAGAAAUCCCGCUAUGCCCUCAGACGAACCAUCAAACAGGCAAAGAGUCAAUACAGGACUAAGAUUGAAUCGUACUACACUGGCUCUGACGCUCGUCGGAUGUGGCAGGGCUAGAAAACUAUUACAGACUACAAAGGGAAGCACAGCCGCGAGCUGCCCAGUGACACAAGACUUCCAGACGAGCUAAACCACUUCUAUGCUCGCUUCGAGGCAAGCAACACUGAAGCAUGCAUGAGAGCACCAGCUGUUCCGGAUGACUAUGUGAUCACGCUCUACGUAGCCAAUGUGAGUAAGACUUUUAAGCAGGUCAACAUUCACAAGGCCGCAGGGCCAGACGGAUUACCAGGACGUGUACUCCGAGCAUGUGCUGACCAACUGGCAAGUGUCUUCACUGACAUUUUCAACAUGUCCCUGACUGAGUCGGUAAUACCAACAUGUUUCAAGCAGACCACCAUAGUCCCCGUGCCCAAGGACUCUAAGAUAACCUGCCUAAAUGACUACCGACCCGUAGCACUGACGUCUGUAGCCAUGAAGUGCUUUGAAAGGCUGGUCAUGGCUCACAUCAACACCAUUAUCCCAGAAACCCUAGACCCACUCCAAUUUGCAUACCGCCCCAACAGAUCCACAGAUGAUGCAAUCUCUAUUGCACUCCACAGUGCCCUUUCCCACCUGGACAAGAGGAACACCUACGUGAGAAUGCUAUUCAUUGACUACAGCUCAGCAUUCAACACCAUAGUGCCCUCAAAGCUCAUCACUAAGCUAAGGAUCCUGGGACUAAACACCUCCCUCUGCAACUGGAUCCUGGACUUCCUGACGGGCUGCCCCCCAGGUGGUAAGGGUAGGUAACAACACAUCUGCCACACUGAUCCUCAACACGGGGGCCCCUCAGGGGUGCGUGCUCAGUCCCCUCCUGUACUCCCUGUUCACCCAUGACUGCAUGGCCAGGCACGACUCCAACACCAUCAUUAAGUUUGCCGAUGACACAACAGUGGUAGGCCUGAUCACCGACAACGAUGAGACAGCCUAUAAGGAGGAGGUCAGACCUGGCCGUGUGGUGCCAGGAUAACAACCUCUCCCUCAACGUGACCAAGACAAAGGAGAUGAUUGUGGACUACAGGAAAAAAAAGAGGACUGAGCACGCCCCCAUUCUCAUCGACGGGCUGUAGUGGAACAGGUUGAGAGCUUCAAGUUCCUUGGUGUCCACAUCACCAACGAACUAUCAUGGUCCAAACACACCAAGACAGUCGUGAAGAGGGCACGACAAAGCCUAUUCCCCCUCAGGAGACUGAAAAGAUUUGGCAUGGGUCCUCAGGUCCUCAAAAAAUUAUUCAUCUGCACCAUCGAGAGCAUCCUGACUGGUUGCAUCACCGCCUGGUAUGGCAACUGCUUGGCCUCCGACCGCAAGGCACUACAGAGGGUAUACCAGGCGGUGUCAGAGGAAGGCCCUCAAAAUUGUCAAAGACUCCAGCCACCCUAGUCAUAGACUGUUCUCUCUGCUACCGCACGGCAAGCGGUACCGGAGUGCCAAGUCUAGGUCCAAAAGACUUCUCAACAGCUUCUACCUCCAAGCCAUAAGACUCCUGAACAGCUAAUCAUGGCUACCCGGACUAUUUGCACUGCCCCCCCCACCCCAUCUUUUUACGCUGCUGCUACUCUGUUAAUUAUUUAUGCAUAGUCACUUUAACUCUACCCACAUGUACAUAUUACUUCAACUAUCUCAACUAGCCGGUGCCCCCGCACAUUGACUCUGCACCGGUAUCCCCCUGUAUAUAUAUCCUCCCUACUGUUAUUUUAUUUUACUUCUGCUCUUUUUUUCUCAACACUUUUUUUGUUGUUGUUUUAUUUUAACUUUUUUGUUUAAAAUAAAUGCACUGUUGGUUAAGGGCUGUAAGUAAGCAUUUCACUGUAAUGUCUGCACCUGUUGUAUUCGGCGCAUGUGGCCAAUAACAUUGAUUUGAUUUGAUUUGUAUGUAAACUUCUGACACACUGGGAAUGUGAUGAAAGAAAUAAAAGCUGAAAUAAAUUAUUCUCUCUGCUAUUAUUCUGACAUUUCACAUUCUUAAAAUAAAGUGGUGAUCCUAACUGACCUAAGACAGGGAAUAUUUACUAGGAUUAAAUGUCAGGAAUUGUGAAAAACUGAGUUUAAAUGUAUUUGGCUAAGUAUGUAUUUGGCUAGGGUCCCUGUAGCUCAGUUGGUAGAGCAUGGCGCUUGCAACACCAGGGUUGUGGGUUUGUUUCCCAAGGGGGGGCAGUAUGAAAAUGUAUGCACUGACUAACUGUAAGUCGCUCUGGAUAAGAGCGUCUGCUAAAUGACUAAAAUGUAAAUUUAAAAAUGUGUAUGUAAACUUCCGACUUCAACUGUAUGCCAAAACUGAAAUGCUGAAUUGUUUCAAUGAGCACUUUGUAUCAUCUGGUAGGCUGUUUGAUUCAGUAUCCUCGGUCUCUGUACAACCGUGUGUGGAUGAACCGGUGAGAGCUGGUCAAACUUUUAGCUUUCCGCCAUUCUCAGUGCAGGAGGUACUUAAAGCCCUGAAAUCCUUAGAUCAGAGAAAGCCUGCAGGUCCUGAUCUUCUUGAUCCCUGCUUUUUAAAACUGGCAGCUGAUUUCAUAGCUGAACCACUUACAUAUCUGGUCAAUCUAACCCUGGAAUGUAAUGAAAUUCCAAGGAUCUGGAAAUCAGCAUUUGUCCUACCACUUUUAAAAGGGGGAGAUCCAACUCUUUUAAUAAUUAUAGGCCAGUCUCAAAGCUGUCACCCCUGGCGAAAAUACUUGAAACCCUUGUUAGUGAACAGCUAAAAGAGUUUUUAUAUACUAACUAUUUUAUCAAUGUACCAAUCAGGCUUCAGGAAGAAGCAUAGCACAAUUACAGCAGCCAUGAAGGUUUUAAAUUAUAUCACUGAAGCCCUUGACAAAAAACAGCACUGUGUCUCACUUUUUAUUGAUCUCUCUAAGGCUUUUGAUACAUUUGAUCAUGCUAUACUGAGGCAGAGAUUGUCGAGCGUAGGUCUUUCAGAGCAUGCAGUUGCAUGUUUGGUAACUAUCUGUCUGAUAGAACUCAGUGCACUCAAUUUGAUGGGCUCAUGUCUGUUAAAUUGUCUGUCUGUAAUGGUGUGCCCUGUACUUGGUCCCCUCUUAUUCACUAUUUAUAUAAAUAAUUUAGACAAAAAUGUUCAAAAUGCGCAGCUUCACUUUUAUGCUGAUGAUAAUGGUAUUUAUUGUUGUGCCUCGUCUCUCACAAAAGCUUUCCAGAACUUGCAAACUGCUUUUUAUGCUGUUCAACAUACCUCGUGUCAAUUGAAGCUUAUCCUCAAUGCUGACAAAAGUAAACUAAUGGUGUUUUCUAAAGCAAGAAACAGACCACUGAACCUUUCACCUAUUACUACCUGUCAGGGCAAUGAGAUUGAGGUUGUAACGUCAUAUAAAUAUCUUGGAAUUUUAAUUGAUGACAGCCUCUCUUUUAAAUUGCAUAUUCAACAAUUUAUAAAAACAUUGAAGCUGAAGUUGGGAUUUUAUUUUAGGAAUAAGGCCUGUUUUUCUUUUGAAGCCAGAAGGAGGCUAGUAUCAGCUACAUUUACAGUGGGGAAAAAAAGUAUUUAGUCAGCCACCAAUUGUGCAAGUUCUCCCACUUAAAAAGAUGAGAGAGGCCUGUAAUUUCCAUCAUAGGUACACGUCAACUAUGACAGACAAAAUGAGAAAAAAAAUCCAGAAAAUCACAUUGUAGGACUUUUAAUGAAUUUAUUUGCAAAUUAUGGUGGAAAAUAAGUAUUUGGUCAAUAACAAAAGUUUCUCAAUACUUUGUUAUAUACCCUUUGUUGGCGAUGACACAGGUCAACAGUUUUCUGUAAGUCUUCACAAGGUUUUCACCCACUGUUGCUGGUAUUUUGGCCCAUUCCUCCAUGCAGAUCUCCUCUAGAGCAGUGAUGUUUUGGGGCUGUCGCUGGGCAACACUGACUUUCAACUCCCUCCAAAGAUGUUCUAUUGGGUUGAGAUCUGGAGACUGGCUAGGCCACUCCAGGACCUUGAAAUGCUUCUUACGAAGCCACUCCUUCAUUGCCCGGGCGGUGUGUUUGGGAUCAUUGUCAUGCUGAAAGACCCAGCCACGUUUAAUCUUCAAUGCCCUUGCUGAUGGAAGGAGGUUUUCACUCAAAAUCUCACGAUACAUGGCCCCAUUCAUUCUUUCCUUUACACUGAUCAGUCGUCCUGGUCCCUUUGCAGAAAAACAGCCCCAAAGCAUGAUGUUUCCACCCCCAUGCUUCACAGUAGGUAUGGUGUUCUUUGGAUGCAACUCAGCAUUUUUUGUCCUCCAAACACGACGAGUUGAGUUUUUACCAAAAAGUUCUAUUUUGGUUUCAUCUGACCAUAUGACAUUCUCCCAAUCCUCUUCUGGAUCAUCCAAAUGCACUCUAGCAAACUUCAGACGGGCCUGGACAUGUACUGGCUUAAGCAGGGGGACACGUCUGGCACUGCAGGAUUUGAGUCCCUGGCGGUGUAGUGUGUUACUGAUGGUAGGCUUUGUUACUUUGGUCCUAGCUCUCUGCAGGUCAUUCACUAGGUCCCCCCGUGUGGUUCUGGGAUUUUUGCUCACCGUUCUUGUGAUCAUUUUGACCCCACGGGGUGAGAAUCUUGCGUGGAGCCCCAGAUCGAGGGAGAUUAUCAGUGGUCUUGUAUGUCUUCCAUUUCCUAAUAAUUGCUCCCACAGUUGAUUACUUCAAACCAAGCUGCUUACCUAUUGCAGAUUCAGUCUUCCCAGCCUGGUGCAGGUCUACCAUUUUGUUUCUGGUGUCCUUUGACAGCUCUUUGGUCUUGGCCAUAGUGGAGUUUGGAGUGUGACUGUUUGAGGUUGUGGACAGGUGUCUUUUAUACUGAUAACAAGUUCAAACAGGUGCCAUUAAUACAGGUAACGAGUGGAGGACAGAGGAGCCUCUUAAAGAAGAAGUUACAGGUCUGUGAGAGCCAGAAAUCUUGCUUGUUUGUAGGUGACCAAAUACUUAUUUUCCACCAUAAUUUGCAAAUAAAUUCAUAAAAAAUCCUACAAUGUGAUUUUCUGGAUUUUUGGAUUUUUUUUCUCAAUUUGUCUGUCAUAGUUGACAUGUACCUAUGAUGAAAAUUACAGGCCUCUCUCAUCUUUUUAAGUGGGAGAACUUGCACAAUUGGUGGCUGACUAAAUACUUUUUUCCCCACUGUAUGCCUAUACUAGACUAUGGAGAUAUUUUAUAUAUGAAUACUUCCACUCAGUGUUUGAGAUCAAUUGACACCCUUUAUCAUGGCUGCGAAGCCAUUUUGGGUUUACUACCAUUUUAUCUGGCCAUUUUUAUUCUUCAGAAAUGUGGUGGGUACUCCCUUCGUUCGCAGGACUUUAUCCUGCUAACUGUUCCAAAUGUCCGAACUGAGUUUGGUAAAAGGGCUUUUAUGUAUUCUGCACCAUUGGCUUGGAACGCCUUACAACAUAUUUUUGAACUGGAAGAACUUGUCCCAAUUGGUGAUUUUAAUUCAUUGAUGAAGGAUUUUGAGGCUGAUUCCUUGACCUGUCAAUUUUUUUAAAUUGCUGUUUUAUGAUUUUUGUUAUACUCUUGUGAUUCCUGUGGAUUUUUACUAGAUUACUUGUAGUUUUCAUGUUGUCUGUCUGUAAUUGUGUAAUGACUUGGUGCUGCCUAUCUUGGCCAGGACGCUCUUGAAAAUGAGAUUUCAAAUCACAAUGAGCCCUUCCUGGUUAAAUAAAGGUUAAUUAAAAUAAAAAAAUAAUACAUUAAAUUAUUUAGCUAUAAUGAAUUAUAGGUCUAAUGAAUGUCAUUUGACCUAAUAUGUUGGCCUAGAUGAGCAAGGUAACCUUAAUGUGUAUCAAAUUACAUUUUAAAGCAGUAAAAUGAUUUUGUAUGAGUUUCAGAUAUGGUUUUCCAUUAUUUAAUGUUGUUUUAUUUUUGAAAUAAAUGUAAUGUAGAAUGCAAGAUAUUCUAUUUGUUAUUUAAUUUGUCUAUCAGUUAACAACAUAUUGUUCAAUGUUUAAAAAAAUAAAGCCCAGUGGUUAUUCUGUGACUUUAGCUAAUACACUUUAUUUUUUUGCCGUGGUAUUGUUUCGGUAUUGAGUAUCAUGAUACUAAACCUGGUAUCGGUAUGGAAGUCAAUAUUCUGGUAUCGUGACAACACUAGUCUGAACUGGGUUGUCUAGACUCCAUCCUGUUAGGAGCAGAGCAGAAGAGACUGGCCUGUACUGUAUCUAACCUACAGGCAGCCACGUUUGACAACGGUGUAUAAAGCUGACCGUGUCUCCCACAUAAUUAAAUAUUGACUCUAUGUCUCCUCUAUCUCUCUGUGUGUAGGGGAGCUAAGCUGUGUGUGGUGAAGAGCAAGAGGAAAGAGAGACAAGCGGAGACACUGACGCAAGACUACAUCAUCACACGUAAGUACCUCAACACACACACCUGUGCAUUAUUUAGUAUGAGAUCAACAACACACCUACCAUAUACCAUCCAUGGUCACUUCAUUCCUUCCUAGCUAGUAGCUCCUUGUAGUCAUAACUCAAGUCAAACAGUAGCUGUCGAUCCUAACAGUGUCAUAUAGGUAUUAUAGGCCCUCUUUCCCUCAGGGUAAGUCGUUGUGCAAUGCAUACAAUUUCGUCCAUUUACGAGGUGGGCAAUUACCAGAGCAAUUUGGGUUAAGUGCCUUUCUCAAGGGUACUACAGUGUUAGGUGCCACCUUGAACCAGCUCCAACCAUCUGGUCACCAGUGACCUGCUCCUCCCAUAUGUCACGGUGUUCCAGGAAGGACAGCCAUCCUAGUCUAAAACACACUGCACCAGAACACAAAGCCACUGCAUACUGCAUGAUGUGGAGUGGAGAGCUUGUGAAAGCUUGUCAGACAAUCGGAACACUAUAUACACACACACACACACACACACACACACACCAGGGUUUCCGUUUAGGAAGAUGUGGCGCUGGACAUUUGACCGGCAGCAUUUUUAUUUACCGGACAUUUGAGAAAUUUACCGGACCCAUAUAUGCAUAACCUGAUUAUGGCGUCCACCCACUGUGCUCAGAAUUACAGAAAUAACAUUUAGUCCAGGAUGCAACGACCUUCGUUCUUCUUACUGAAUUCCGAUGCGCACUUUGAAGAUGUUAGAAUAAUUGUGCACAUUUACUUUUCCUCAGCCAACAAGACAAGUAACGAUCAGCAAAAUCACUAGCCUAUGUAAAUCUACUAUCCCCCAUUGUAGAAAAGUUGACCUAUUCUAUUGGUCAGCUUGUUGAGAAAGAAAUAGCCUAUCCCGAAUUAAAAUGUUGAUAAACGAUUAUUUCUUCACAUUAUAAACGCAGCAAUGCGCAGAAGGCAGUAGGUUAUGCGCGAAUGUUCGUUCCACACCGCACAUGCUAGCGGUUUCAUGUGACAGAGAUGAAAAUAUCCGCUAGAAAUUUAGAAAGAGGGGAGAUCUAAAGAUGUGUAACAACUAGUAUGGGUUGCUAAUAUGGCUAGGAUUGUGCCUUUGGCUACUGGACAGUGAAAUAAAGUUGAUUUGAAAACCAAUAGAAUAUGAGAGAAAUAGGCUACUGGUUUCAGUGGCAUAUGGAAGUCUUUAUAAAAUGAUUGCCUCCACAGAUAUGGUCGGGUUUUGGCUAGGGUACUUUGAAGCAAGGUAAGACAUGCCUCAUAAUAUGUAGUACAACUUUCCGGUUUCAAACAAGUAUGUUUUCAAAAUGCAUACUGCCUCCAGAUCAUUGCAAAGUGGUGUGUGACACUCUGAUGAAGCCUGCCUUCCGUUGCCUAUGCAUUUGAAUGGCGAAUGGGAAGCGCGCCUCAAUGACCAGUUGAGAAAUAAAAAGAGUAGCUCUUUUUAGUCGUAGCCAUCAAAACUCUUUUUAACAUGCAAUUGCAUUUCAAAUUGUUGCACAGUGAUUGGGCUUAUAAAAGCACACGUUUCACUCCAGCAGCAACAAACAUUUGUUUGAGGAGCUUAGCAGCAGCUCUCGCGCUGUCUGACACAUGUUAUAAAUAAGAUGCAUACCGAAUGUACACAUGCGCCAUUUUCAAUUCCACAAAAUUAUGCAAUUGAACCUAUAGACCAAUAAGCAUGACCUGUGAAAUGUAUUUCCAUCGACUGGUAUUUCCAUCAAUGAAUAUGCUAACGGAUCCCUGACACACACACACACACACAGCUUUGAGGCAGCAUCAUCAAGUGUUGCCAUUAGCUGAUGGUGUGGGGUGAGAGUGAGUGAACAUACAGUCACAGGGCAUGAUGCCACGCGUCAGCCACAGGUCAGCCACCAGGGCUCCAGUCACGCCAGGGACAGCCACCUCUCCCACCCCCGGCAGCGUGAUACCCCCACUAACACACACACACACACACACACACACACUCCCGUAUCAUACUCCCACUCACCCCUCUCCUGAAUCAACACACUCCCCUUCCCUACAACCCACCACACUUGACCAGUCUUUAACCCAGCCAGUCUGUCAUUUCCACACAUGAGUCUCUCAGCUGCACUGUGCAUGGACAAUGCGUGGCACUCUUAACCUCAUACAUAAGACUCUUUCACUCCCACUGAGGUAAUGGAUGAACAGUAACUGGAGGACCAGACACCUGGCUGAGCCGUGAUAGACUAGGAGGGAAACAUAGCUUAUUGUUUAGGCGACAGAACCCUUUCUAAUAUCCAUCAUGUGGUUUCAUCGCCACGCCGACAAGCUGUGAGAGUAUAUGCCGGUGUCUGAUGGCCACGGUCGCUGAAUGACGCACUUGUGCCCUAGUGCUGGAAAAUUAGAGGGGACAGGAAGCGUGGCGAUGGCCCAUUGAGAAAAGAGUGGGAAUCUGUUAACAUUAACCUUUUUGCUUAAUGUAGCAUGGAGGAGAAGAAUUAACACUGAGCAGUGACAACAGGGGCUCCUGAAUGGAAAAUCACUUCAUCUAGCCCACACUGUGUCUCUUUGUAAUCCCUGAGGAAACACACAUGACAGACUCACACACACACACUGGUACUUACUCAGUUAUACAAGCGUACACAUACUGUUGGGGACACACACACAAUAACUCAAGUUUAGACAUAGAACACUCACUUUGCUGUAAAGUGGCCAAGGCAUGCAUUGUGGUGGUGUUCAGCGAACUGUGAAACGUAGCUGUGUCAAUAUAAACAUGGACGUGAUAAUGUUGGUGUCCAACAUGGCAGUACGCAGAGUACUAUAGACCUCGCCAGAGGUCACUUGGUGUGUUUGAGUAUAUGGCUUUUAUGCUAUGCUCUGCACUUAGGCUUGUUGAAGUGUUUGUUAAUGUCUGUGUUUUCUACUCUUUUUCUAUAUCUCCCCCUUCUCUCUCUCUCUCUCUCUCUCAUAUUUUCUAAUUUCCUCUCUCCCGCCAGCCCAUGCUCUUCCCAUGUUCCGCGAGGCCCGGCAGCGCAGCACUAAGAAACAGCUGGAGAAAGACAGACUGGACCCAAUGAAAUCCCACAAGCCUGAGCCCCCUGUCACUGGACCAGGUAACGUUACAUGGAAAAUACCACUACAUACACGCAUAUAUAUUAUACAGUGCCUUAAAGUAUUCACAACCCUUUGCUUUUUCCACAUUUUGUUGUGUUAAAGCCUGAAUUUAAAAUUGAUUACAUUUAGCUUUUGUGUCACUAAUUUCAAAUCAAAUCAAAUUUUAUUGGUCACAUGCGCCGAAUACAACAGGUGCAGACAUUACAGUGAAAUGCUUACUUACAGCCCUUAACCAACAGUGCAUUUAUUUUUAACAAAAGAAGUAAAAAUAAAACAACAACAAAAAAAGUGUUGAGAAAAAAAGAGCAGAAGUAAAAUAAAAUAACAGUAGGGAGGCUAUAUAUACAGGCGGGUACCGGUGCAGAGUCAAUGUGCGGGGGCACCGGCUAGUUGAGAUAGUUGAAGUAAUAUGUACAUGUGGGUAGAGUUAAAGUGACUAUGCAUAAAUAAUUAACAGAGUAGCAGCAGCGUAAAAAGGAUGGGGUGGGGGGGCAGUGCAAAUAGUCCGGGUAGCCAUGAUUAGCUGUUCAGGAGUCUUAUGGCUUGGGGGUAGAAGCUGUUGAGAAGUCUUUUGGACCUAGACUUGGCACUCCGGUACCGCUUGCCGUGCGGUAGCAGGGAGAACAGUCUAUGACUAGGGUGGCUGGAGUCUUUGACAAUUUUGAGGGCCUUCCUCAAAAUACCCUGUAAUUUUUAGAAAUUAAUUCAAAAUGUAAGAUCCCUCAAUCGAGUAGUGAAUUUCAAGCACAGAUUCAACCACAAAGACCAGGGAGGUUUUCCAAUGCCUCACAAAGAAGGGCACGUAUUGGUAGAUGUGUAAAAAUAAUAAUAAUAAUUUAAAAAAGAAGAUGCUGGAUAUCCCUUUGAACAUGGUGAAGUUAUUAAUUAGGCUUUGGAUGGUGUAUCAAUACACCCAGUCACUACAAAGAUACAGGCGUCCUUCCUAACUCAGUUGCUGGAGAGGAAGGAAACUGCUCAGGGAUUUCACCAUGAGGCCAAUGGUGAUUUUAAAACAGUUACAGAAUUUUUAAUGGUUGUUAUAUGAGAACUGAGGAUGGACCAUCAACAUUGUAGUUACUCCACAAUACUAACCUAAAUGACAGAGUGAAAAGUAGAAAGCCUAUACAGAAUAAAAACAUUCCAAAACAUGCAUCCUGUUUGCAACAAGGUACUUAAGUAACACUGCAAAAAAAAAUUGGGCAAAGAAAUGGACUUUUUGUCCUGAAUACAAAGCGUUACGUUUGGAGCAAACACAACACAUCACGAGUACCACUCUUCAUAUUUUCAAGCAUAGUGGUGGCUGCAUCAUGUUAUGGGUAUGCUUGUCAUCAGUAAGGACUAGGGAGUUUUUUAGGAUAAAAAGAAAUGAAAUACAGCUAUAAGCACAGGCAAAAUCCUAGAGAAAACCUGGUUCGGUCUUCUUUCCAACAGUCACUGGGAGACUAAUUCACCUUUCAGUAGGACAAUAACCUAAAACACAAGGCCAAGUUGCUUACCAAGACGACAUUCAAUGUUCCUGAGUGGCCGAGUUACAUUUUUGACUUAAAUCUAUGAGAAGUCCUGAAAAUGGCGCUAUAGCAAUGAUCGUAGAAGUAAAAACUAAAUAAUAAUAAUAAUAAAAAAGUGGUUGUCCCACUCGCUAUCAUAAGUUGAAUGCACCAAUUUGUAAGUCGCUCUGGAUAAGAGCGUCUGCUAAAUUAUGUAAAUGUAAUCCACAAUCAACUUAACAGAGCUUGAAGAAUUAAAAAAAUAAUAAUGGGCAAAUAUUGCACAUUCCAGGUGUGCAAAGCUCUUAGAGACUUACCCCAAAAGGCUCACAGCUGUUAUCGCCACCAAAUGGGCUUCUACAACGUAUUGACUCUAGGGUGUGAAUACUUAUAUUUCUGUAUUUAAUUGUCAAUAAAUUUGCAAAAAAUAUUAAAAACAUGUUUUCACUUUGUCAUUAUGAGGUGUUGUGUGUAGAUGGGUAAAACAAAAUCAUCUUUAAUCCGUUUUUAAUUCAGACUAACACAACAACAUUUGGAAUAAGUCAAGGGUAUGAAUACUUUCUGAAGGAACUGUAUAUGGAAAAAUACACGUUUAAAAAUGUUGCCAAUCAGACGAUUCUCGGUCUAACAAUAUUUUUUUUAGUCUUGAAAAUCAUACCGUCUGUAUUUCGAAAUACCCCGGGUAUACAGUAUAAACGGUAUAUCGCCUUUAACCUAUGGUGAAGAAUGUCUAUCCUGAUGGGAGUGGUCUCUUCCAGGAUGAGAAUGCCCCCAUCCACAGGGCACAGGUGGUUACUGAAUGGUUUGAUGAGCAUGAAAACAAUGUAAACCAUAUUCCAUGGCCGUCUCAGUCACCAGAUCUCAUCCCAAUUGAACACUUACAGUAUGGGAGAUUCUUGAGCGGCGCGUGAGACAGCGUUUUUCACCAUCAAUAACACGCCAAAUGAUGGAAAUUCUUGUGGAAGACUGGUGUCACAUCCUUCCAGACACUUGGAGAAUCUUUGCCAAGGCACAUUGAAGCUGUUCUAGCGGCUCGUGAUGGCCCAACGCCCUAUUAAGACACUUUAUAUUGGUGUUUCCUUUAUUUUGGCAGUUAAAUACCACUACAUAUAUCUACUGUUAUUAAUGUUACUCAAUCAAUACCACCACUACAUCUGUCUACUAGUCUUAUUACUGGUGGUAGGAACACUUCUAAACCAAGGCAGGUGCAUCCAGGGGCUUGACUGUUGGAAGUGUUUUUCCUCUUGAAAUGAAUUGACUCAAUCAUUCUUUGCUUACCAGACAGCAGACACAUUCAUCCAAAGCCACUCAUUCACUAGAUUAGAUUUUCUACAGUAAUACAGCUGCAGUUCAGGGUCACACAACAGUAUAGAUUUUCACGCUAUGAUAAAUGCAUUUCACUCUAAGCCCCUAUGGGCUUUUCACUCCUAACACGUUUGGCCACUGUCUCAUUUCCCAAACUGCCUAGUCCUACUGCUGCACUAAGGUGAACUCCUAUGUCCACGCUGCAUACGGUCAACUUCUAUCACACAAACUCACACGCUACCUGACCCUCCCUCAAUAAGCUGAGGUGUGGCACUAAAUGUCUCCCAGCUGUCUGUUUAGCUGUGAUGCUUUGAGAGAAGUUUGCACCCCAGCUUUUCUCUUGAAAUUUCACAUAUCUUCUUCCUUGAGAAGGAGAGUGAGGAAGAAAGAAGGAGAGUGAGAAUGACAUGUCUAAUUCACUGUACUGUGUUUAUCAUCCUGAUUAAACUACUCUUAAAAGUACUGUGUAGUGUUUGGGGUUUUGGCUGGGUGCUUGCAAGAGGACCUCCUUCACCCUCCCCUAACAGCCACCUCUGACACCAACACACCACUGAGACAGGAUAUCACUGGAGUCUCCUUUUUCAGCUGGCCUCACUGUGUGUGUGUGUGUGUGCCAGUCCAUGUUUAAACAAAACAUAAAUACUAUCUUACGGAGAUGAGGAUGUUUUUCCUAACGUUCUCAUGUGUGUAUGUUUUGGAGCAAGAGGAAUGUGUUUCCUUGCCUGUCACAAAAUUAGUGUGAGACUUUUUUCAUCUAUGUUUGGUGGUAUGCUUUUGCUAGUGUAUCUGUCUGUGUCUGCCUGCCUGACUGUCUGUGCUUGUGUAUGAGUUAUGUGUGUUCCUAACCCAGUGGUCCUCGUUUCCUCAGGUCGGGGUGGUCGUGUGGCAGCCCAUGGAGGCACUCUGUCCUCCUUCAUUGUGAAGAACAUUGCUCUGGACAAAACAGACGAUAGCAAUCCUCGCCAGGCCAUUCUCCGACACGCCAAGGAGGCCUCCGAAAACCCCUACUGGGUCGCCCCUGCCUACAGC